AUGGUGCGCUACGUCCUCCUGGCCCUGAUUCUACCCAUUUUGGCACAAUGCCAACAAGUAAAUGUGACAAUUUUCACCGAAUCUCAAUGUCCGUAUUGCACAAAGUUGCUCCGCGAGCAAAUUUGGCCAUUUUAUGUGAAUCGACCCGGAAUUAUGAAUUUACAGGUGAAUAUUUCACAAAUUUCCGCAUGUUUCAACGCAAAAAACGAAUUUUUCUCAUAGGAGCGCGAUUGCUCUGCCGACUUUGAAAAAAAAAUUUAAUUUUGUGGUUUUUUGAACCAAGAAAUGCAUUUUCAGCUUGAAAUUAUCGAUUUUUCAUGAUUUUCAACGCGAAAAACGAAGUUUUCUCAUUGGAGCGCGCUUGCUCAGCCGAAUUCAAAAAAUUAAUUGAAAAUUCAUGGUUUGUUAGCCGAAAAAUGCAAUUUCAGCUUGAAAUUAUCGAUUUUUCUUGAUUUUCAACGCAAAAAACGAAGUUUUCUCAUUGGAGCGCGUUUGCUCAGCCGAAUUCAAAAAAUUAAUUGAAAAUUCAUGGUUUGUUAGCCGAAAAAUGCAAUUUCAGCUUGAAAUUAUCGAUUUUUCUUGAUUUUCAACGCAAAAAACGAAGUUUUCUCAUUGGAGCGCGUUUGCUCAGCCGAAUUCAAAAAAUUAAUUGAAAAUUCAUGGUUUGUUAGCCGAAAAAUGCAAUUUCAGCUUGAAAUUAUCGAUUUUUCAUGAUUUUCAACGCAAAAAACGAAUUUUUCUCAUUGGAGCGCGUUUGCUCAGCCGAAUUCAAAAAAAAUUAAUUUAAUUCUGUGGUUUUUUGAACCAAGAGCUUGAAAUUAUCGAUUUUUCUUGAUUUUCAACGCAAAAAACGAAUUUUUCUCAUUGGAGCGCGUUUGCUCAGCCGAAUUCAAAGAAUAAAUUGAAAAUUCAUGGAAAAAUCAGGGAUUUUUGAACAAUUUUUUCAAAGUCGGCUGAGAAAAUGCGCUCCAAUGAGAAAAUAUCGAAAACUAUGGUUUCUGGAUCAAAAAAUCACGAAUUUUUCAUUGAAAACCAUGAAAAAUCGAUAAUUUGGGCCCUACAGUACUCCCCCUGAUUUUGCAGGUUAUCCCAUUUGGCAAAGGCGACUGUACCUACGACUAUAAUCGCAAUUUCCAUUGUACUUGUAUGCACGGCGCUACGGAAUGUGAUUUGAAUCGACUUCAGAAUUGCGCCAUUUCGGUGGGUUACUGUAGUUUUUUAGGGGGAAAAAUUUGAUCUACCCUGAAAAUUUGGCUCAAAAAUCCUCAUUUUUUACCAGAAAUCGCCGGAUUUUCGCGAUUUUUUUGAAAUCUACAGUAACCCUAGCCAAUUACAGUACUUUCCACGUCGUCAUUUGGGUCUCGUCACGUGUAUUCAAGGCCUUAAGACCUUAAGAGAGGCCUUCUCUAAGUGCCUUAGUCGAUUAUCAGCAAAUACGCAACGAAAAUUGAUCGAAUGUGCCACAACACAAACCGGGGAACUAUUGAACUAUUAUUCGAUGGUUAACACACAUCGAGCUGGAGUUAAGGUAACUUUUGGGGGGUUUGGGAAGCGGUUUGGGGGGGUUUUGAGUGGGAAAUUUGGGAUGGCGAGCGAAAAUUGAGUCAGGAAAGUUUUUUUGGGGUUCCUAAGGGAUUUUCAGACCAGAUUUUCGAGAUUUUCAGCAAUUUUUGAGCCUGGGAACCUGAAAAUCUGAAAUUUUCAGCCUAAAAUUUCCCUGAAAACUUUUUCGGAACAUUUCCCGCUGAAAAUGUCAGAUUUUCAGUGAUUUUUAAGGCUUCUCAAGGAUUUUCCGAAUUUCUAGACCAAUUUUUCGAGAUUUUCAGCAAUUUUUGAGCCUGGGAACCUGAAAAUCCUAAAUUUUCAGCCUAAAGUAACCCCCCCCUAUUUAGGGUCCUUGGGGUCCCCAGGGCCCCCCGGGUAUCCCAAAAAAUCCCAAUUUUUUGCAGAUUUGGCCAACAAUGUAUGUAAAUGGUGUAUUUUUCGAUAGAAGUUAUCCGGUCGAAACGAAACUUUGCGAAAAUACCGAUUUUUGCUGA